GAGGGUCGUAAUGCAUGGUUGAGCAUAACUGGGUUUGAAACAAAACUUUGACAUACAUAUCCAUAACCCUUGAUACAACAUUUACUCAGAUCGGGAAGAUGACGUUGGGCAACAUAUUCCUAAAAAGUUUGAUUUUUAUUCAGUCAGUGAAUGCAGGACUGGGUCUGUCGUGUGUAAAAUGCACGUAUCUCAGCAACGUGGAUCUCACCCAGAUCACUGAUGCUACCACCCUGGCAGUGAUUAAUGGCGUGAUAUCGUCGUCGUACUCUGCAGCGUCUUGUGACACAGCCACCCUGGGAAGCAGCGCUACCCAGGUGUCGGAUGCCACCUGCCUGGAGCCCUCGGACACCGUCCGUACUGGUUGUUUGAAUAUAACCGGAUCUUUGGUAUUUACAGAGCUAGUUGGAUUACCAGGUGUCAAUGUAACAGGGAAUGUUGUCCACAGAGAUUGUGCAAAUCAGACGACAUUCAGCAGCGGAUGUAUCAGUAAAACACAGGGGAAUUGGUCAGACUUGCCUUGGUAUCAGUCGUUUUCUCUCUUGCAUCCCUUGGUAUCUGCUGGAGAAUUCACCGGUGAGGUCUGCCUCUCAGACGUCCAGGGAGGAAACAAAGCGCCAAUAACAGAAACUCUGGGACCACUGAUGAUUGCAUUUUGUAUUUGUGUUGCACAUUAUCUCAUUUUUUAGCGUCUUGUAGCUAGCUUUUUGCAAAACUCCGUACGUUUUGUCAUUUUGGCCGCGUUUUUUCAACCUAGCAAGAUGUUUGUAGAUUGGAUGCUUCAAAAGAGAAAUCUUUUCUAAUAAAAUAUUAUGUUGUAGUUUUGUAUAUAAAAUAAUAAAGAUAAAUGUGCUGCAUAAAUAUCUUGAAAUAGGUAAGAUUAUUAUUCGGUAACUGAAUGAAACCAUUGAGUGUCUUAGUCAUAGGAAGAAUUACUGUAAAUUCCUAAUUAAACGCGGGGAAUUAAUAUCCGCGUAAAAUCGCGAGAAGCAUCCUUCGCGGAUUUUAAAAUCUCGCCAUUAUUUUCUGAGAGUUGAAAACUAUGAGAAAUAAGGAGAAAAGUUCCACGUUCGCGAUUUUAAAUUCUCGCGAUUUGACACAAACCAGCGGGGUCGCGGAAUUAAGUACUCGCGUAAUAUAAGGAAUUUACAGUAAUUGAGAAUUAAUGGGAAA